AUGGCCUCAGCCCUAAGCCCACCCCGGGUCCCCAAACCCAAAGGCGCUCUACCUUCACACUACUAUGAGAACUUUCUGGAGAAGAAGGGACCCUGUGACCGGGAUUACAAGAAAUUCUGGGCAGGCCUCAAGGGUUGCACUCUCUAUUUCUAUAAUAGCAAUCGGGACUCCCAGCACGUGGAGAAGUUAGACCUAACGGCACUUGUGAAGCUCACAGAUGACCCACCCUGGGGAAGCUCCCGAGACCCAGGCAUCCAUUUCAGCCUGGUCCUCCGGAACCAGGAGAUCAAGUUCAAGUUCUCCUGCGACUCACUCGACGCAGUGGUCAACUAUUUCGUGACACGCACCAAGAAAUCGCUGGUGCCCUUCCUGCCAGACGAGGACUAUGAGAAGGUGCUAGGCUACAUGGAGGCGGAUAACGAGAACGGCGAGAGUGUGUGGGUGGCACGCGAGGCCCCCGCGUCCCGAGGCCCAGGUCCUGCACCCCCCUCGGGUGGCCCCAGGCAGCUGCCUCCCGUGCCCGUCACACCCGUGUCGAGCCCGAACAAGCUCACCCCACUCCCGAACGAGGAUGAGAACUACGUGAUCCCCAUCGCACACACCCCAGCCGCCACCUACAUGAACGGGGACGUGCCUUCCCCUAGUCGGCCGGUCAUCUGGAAGCCCAAGAAGGUGGCAAAGGUUCAGGCAAAGCCUCCAAAGCUGCCAAAGCCACCCGUUGCGCCCAAGCCAGAGCCCCAAGGCCUCAACGGCGGCCUGGCCAAGAAACUGGCGGGCAACUCAGCGCAGGCUUUCUCUCCCACGACAGGCCUGGCGGAUUUGACCGCCGAGCUGGAAGAGAAACUGCGGAGGAGACGGGCGCUGGAGCACUCGGCCAGACACGCUGGGGACCUGUGA